AUGGAGGUGCUGUGGGCGGCGGGGGGGCUCCUGCUGGCCCUGUCCCUCCUGGCCUUCGUCCUGUACUGCUGCUACGUGCAGUACAUCCACGCCAAGUACGACCACAUCCCCGGCGCCCCGCGGGAGAGCUUUUUAUUUGGACACCUGCCAAUCAUAUGGAGAAUGGUGAGGAAACAGGAGUUUACACCAGAUCUCUUGCUGCAGUGGGCAGAGAAAUACGGACCUGUUGUACGAAUUAAUGCCUUUCACAGAAUCUCAGUAUUGGUUGUGAGUCCUGAAGGAGUGAAGGAGUUCUUGAUGUCACCACAGCACCCAAAGGAUCCAAUUGUGUAUGGUAAUCUCUUCAGCCUAUUUGGUGAGAGGUUUCUAGGGAAUAGUUUGGUAACUGUUUGCAACCAUGAGCAUUGGCACAAGCAGCGGAGGAUGAUGGAUCCAGCUUUCAGCCGAAGCUACCUGAUUGGUCUGAUGGACACUUUUAAUGAAAAAGCAGAAGAGCUGAUGGAGAAGCUAGAGGAAAAGGCAGAUGGAAAAACAGAGUUUAGCAUGCUGUCAAUGAUGAGCCGGGUGACUAUGGAUGUCAUUGGAAAGGCAGCCUUUGGCCUGGAAUUGAACGCACUGAGUGAUGACCAGACACCUUUACCCAACGCUGUGACUAUGAUUAUGGAGGGACUGAACAAGGCACGCGACCCCUUCAUAAGGUUCAUGCCAGGGAAGCAGAAGCUGGUAAAGGAGAUCAGGGAGAGUGUGAGGCUGUUGAGACGUGUGGGGAAGGAGUGCAUUGACCAGAGGAGAAAAGCCAUCCAGAAUGGGAAAGAAGCUACAAUGGAUAUUCUUACACAGAUACUGAAAGGAGAUGCUCUGGAGAAGACUAGAGAUGAUGAAAACAUUCUGGAUAACUUUAUCACUUUCUUCGUUGCAGGUCAUGAAACCAGUUCCAAUCAGAUGACAUUUACAGUAAUGGCACUGGGUCAGCAUCCUGAAAUACUGGAAAGGGCUCAGGCUGAAGUGGAUGAGGUUCUUGGUGCCAAGAGAGACGUUGACUAUGAGGAUCUUGGCAAGCUCACCUACUUAUCGCAGGUUUUGAAGGAGUCACUGCGGCUGUACCCGCCCGUCUCGGGGACACUCCGCAGGCUGGAGAAGGAGCAUGUCAUCAAUGGCGUCAGAAUUCCUGCAGACACCACCAUCUUUCUCAACACUUACGUAAUGGGAAGAAUGGAAAAGUUUUUCAAGGAUCCACUUACUUUUGAUCCAGAUCGAUUCAGCAAAGAUGCACCUAAGCCAUAUUACUGCUAUUUUCCAUUCUCUCUGGGACCCCGAUCCUGCAUCGGGCAGGUGUUUGCACAGAUGGAGGUAAAAGUGGUGAUGGCAAAGCUGCUGCAGAGGUUUGAAAUACAGCUGGUACCAGGACAGAGUUUUAAACUCAUAGAGGCUGGAACCUUAAAGCCACUAGAUGGAGUAAUAUGUAAAUUAAAGCCAAGGAGCUCUGCAAGAGGCUGCCAGGCAUGACUGCUCAGGGAGGGGAGCAUGGCAUGCUACUGGUAGUGUUUCUUCUGAUUUUGAAGAUUUUGACACUAAUCAAAGGUUAAAUUUUGUAGACCCCUUCAGAGGAUUACUAGACUGAAAUUAUUUCUAACCUUCCUUAUAAUUUACUGACAAAAACCUUACGAGAAUCACUCUACUGAGCAUCUUCAAUCUGGAAGUGUACCUGGAAUUGCCAAGUUUGUUCUUUUUCCCUGGGGGGCUAUUUGAUUCUGACCAGACUUGGAAAAGAACAUCCUUUCACUGGGGUAUCCCUGGAGUGCCACACAAACCUACACUCCAAUCCCAGCUCAUGGUUUCCACUAAGCUUAUAUUAACACAACAUGGUCUAAGUAAACCCUUGUUCAGGGAGUUUCUUACUUACACAAUGAAAUCAGAAAAGAGUAGAGCAUAGAUUUGUGCUCAAUUUAGGAAGAGAUGUUUGGAGAUAGUCUCUUGGUCAAAGCAAUUUUUCUAUCCCUGCUCCAAAUGUGAAUAACAAUUGACAAGAACAAUCGGAAAAAAAAAAUCAAUAAAUCAGAGUUUGAGGCCACUA